AUGCAGGACCUGUCGAAGCACAAAUACAAGCUUCUGCGCGAACACAAAAUCAACGACCUGCUUGACCAAAUACAGUCACGCAGCAAACUUAUCCAGCGUAUCGGCGCCGACGACUCUGGCCUGCGCAAGCGCGAGGCAGAUGGAAUCGCCGACAACAAGUUUAACGAGUUUUACGCGCGGCUUGCCGACGUGCGCGACUUCCACCGGCGCAACCCUGACACAGCCGUGGUGCCACCAGAAAUUGAGUACAUGGCAUAUAGACAUAACCCGGAGGAGGUGGAGGAGCAGGAGUUGGCACGGCGGGAGCGGGUGCAGGCAGCUAUGGACGCCGAAGGCGAUAGCGCGCCGGUGCUCAGUGAGCAGGACCUGGAGGCUGUGGAUCAGCAGACAUUUGUGGGUCCGCAGGAUAUGGAGAAGCUGGAUACUAUGUUUUCGGGUGAGGAGAGGAUGGGCCGGGCGUCGCACGGAUCACAGUAUCUGGAGUACCUGGACGAGUUUUCCAAAUUCGAGGCGAUCGACCGCAAGAACAAGGCGCACAAGGACUACGACCAGUACCUAGCUUGCCUGCAGUCAUACUUUGAAGGGUAUGUGGGCCGUGCAAUGCCGCUGUUUGACCUGCCCAAUGUGCAAAAAGAAGCGCAGGAGCAGUUUGAAGCGGAUUGGCGCGACCAGAAGGUGGCUGGAUGGAUGACAAGCAUUGACCAAGAAUCGGUGCUGUUCUGCACGGCGUGCAAGAAGCAGUUUGAGAAGGACACGACCUUCAGGGCGCAUAUGAACAGUCGCAAGCACCAAAAGGUUGUGGCUCGACUCGAGAACGAGCAGGGCGGGGUCGACAGGGUGGCAGCUGAAAAGGCUCUGCAGCAGGAGAUUGCGCAGAAGCAGGCGCGCGACCGCAAGACGGCCUUUACAGAGUAUCUGAUCCAGACAUAUGCGCGUAUGUUUGCCGACCGGCUACGCGAUACACGCGCCAACGUGUCGCGGCGACAGGCGCUGACCGACGAAGAGCGGCAGAACGAGAUGGACGCGGAGGAGCCGGAGUUUGUGCACCACGACGACACAAAAGACGAGCAGGUGUACAAUCCGCUGAAUCUGCCCCUGGGGUGGGACGGCAAGCCGAUUCCGUACUGGCUGUACAAGCUGCACGGUCUAGGCGUCAAGUUUGACUGCGAGGUGUGCGGCAACAUCACGUACCGGGGACGCAAGGCCUAUGAGCGGCAUUUCCAAGAGACGCGCCAUGCGACAAACAUGCGGAGGCUAGGGAUUCCCAAUACUCGCCAGUUCCACGGCGUGGCAAAGAUCGAUGAGGCCUUGGCGCUGUGGGAGAGGGUGCAAAAGGAAAAGAAGGACGAGGUGGCAAAUGUCGAUACGUUUGAGGAGUUUGAGGAUAGCGAGGGCAACGUGUUCAACAAGAAGACGUACAUUGAUCUGAAGCGCCAGGGCUUGAUCUAA